GUCAAGUUUGAGGCUCUUCUGCAAACUGCCACAGAAGCAGAACCAGCCGCAGAUUUGUUGCUGAAUGUUGCUGCUGGCAACGUUGGCCUCAUCACGUUCUUCGGCGACAAACUUGAGCAACACCACUGCAGAGACCUCUUAUCGGUUCGCGAGAAGCUGAGAGAAUUGCUUUCUGACUACAAAGACGUUUACGUUCGAACUUUUGGUGUGGAGAAUGGGAAGCCAGAUGCCGUCCAAACUUUGCUGAUCUCUGCGCUGCGGUGCUGUGGUAGCUUGACCAAGACAAGUGCAACCGGUCAGAAGUUGCCAUUGUGGGAUGCAGAAGAUGCUUCCCAUCGACGUGGCCUGUCCAAAGCAUACUACGCAGCGUUUGCCCCUGGAACAGACCUUUCACGUUGCUUGGUUCAAGUGUGCACAGAAGCGACCAUUUCCUUUGUGCACCCCUUGCAGCCGGAGAUCUACGCGUCCAAGUUCAAAUUUUCUUGGACGGACAUUGGGCUUCAGGAUCGCUGGAUCACCAACUUUGCUUGCAGUGACUCGGAACCAGCUGAGACUCCAAAGACGGUUCUGGAUUUGGUCCUGUCGUGGCUUUCGCAUGUAGAGAUCCACGUGUUGUUGUUGAUCCACAACAACAUCGUGGAUGCUCCGGAAAAGGAAUUCCAAACGUCAUUCUACCUGUUCUGCAAGGAUAUUUUGAAGCUCAGCCCAGUGGAACGUGAAAAGAAGACCCGGGGAGGAUUUGUCGAUAUGUUCAUUGAAGGGAACAUGGGCAUCGAACUCCUCAUCCGUGCCAGCCGGGGCAAUCUGAUGACUGCGGAAGGUCUUUUGACAAACUCUGCAACACGAGGCUCUUUGAUUGAGCAUGCAGAACGGGCAAAGGGCAAGUACAACGAAAUAGCCCAGAAUUGUGCCAAAGGCUACAUCACAGUGCUCCCGGCGACACUGGUGGACACCACUCCAGAUCAAGAGUGGGUGAACUUUCAGGCGCUGGCCACGAAUGAACUCGCGCAAGUUGGAUACCCUGUCGUAGUGGCCGUCGCUCCCUUCGGCUGGGCUGAGUGGGAUGUUUUCAUCCACCGCCCUUGCCAGGAUCCCAUGAGAGUGCAAGUUCCACGGCAACAGCUGAUGCUCAAGCUCAGCGACGGGGCGGUUGUGAGCGCCAGGCAGUUUUACCCCAAGCCCGAGGAGGUUUGGGUGCAGCAGUUGACUCGAAAGAUGAAGCUGACGGGCAGGGCCUUCAAAAUCAAGCCCGCUCCGGAUGAUGUCGCAGAGCUGGCAGACGCCAUCGUAGAGAAAAGGCCUCGCCUGAAUUGUGACGCAGCUGAGCUGGCAAUCUACCGCCAGGACUGGAAAGGUGAGUGGGAGGAGGCAGAAGAGGAUUCCGUCCUCUUUGAGAAUACGAAGAAGAGGCCCUACGGCUUCCUCACUCCAGGUUGA